GCUGGCGCGGAGCUCCACGUGGGGGGGGCGGCGUGAGCGGUGCCCGAACCGGGAGGGAACCGGGAGGGGUCCGUGGGGCAGCGGCCGAUGCGGAUCGGCAGCCGCCCGCGACGGGCAGGAUGGCGGUGGUGCCCCUGCGGCCCUGCAGAGCCGCCGGCCGCCUCCUGCCGCUGCUGUGCUGCGGGGCGAGGAGCAAGGGAGCCUCCCUGAGCCCCGGCGUGCCGGGCCGCCUCACCCAGCGGCGCUACAAGAAGGACGUGCUGCCUUCGCCCGAGGGGCCCGUGCCCUGCGUCACCAUCACCGAGAUCCGGCAGUACCUGCGCGCCCAGGGCAUCCCUUUCCGCGACGGGUACAGCUGCCUGCACACCCCCAGCUUCUUCACCGCCGGCCGGGAGGAGCAGCCGCCGGCCGCCAGCGCCCCUUACACGCUUUUCAUUGACAAGACCACGGGCAGCUUCCUGUGCACGGCCACCCUGGCCGAGGGCACCUGGCAGGACUUCCAGGCCAACGUGGAGCUGCAGCACCGCGAUGCUCCCCCCGACGGCUCAAAGGAGGCAGAGGAGGGCAUGUGGCAGGCUCGUGAGGCUGCCCGCUGCAUCUGGGAGCGGGCGCUGCCGCUCUCUGAUCUGUUGGAUAAGGAUGAGACCAAGGAGACCAAGGCCAUGUUCGGUAUCAACGAGGUAACGGAUGCCACCCUGAAACGCUUUGGGGUGCGUUAUCUGAGGACUUCCAAGUCCCUUGUCUUCCCUUGGUUUAGUCCCCGUGAUGCCACCCUAAAAGGCCUGAAGCUUCUGAGGGCGGAGAAGAAGGGGGAUGCGAUAGUUUAUGCGGAAGAUACUUUACCCCGCUUCGAUUCCUAUCACAAUCUCUUUGGUCUGCCCUUGAUCAGCAGCCGAGACACAGAGCUGGUGUUAACGGGGUGGGAGCUGGAUGCCCUAGCCCUGCACCAAGCCACGGGGGUGGCCAGCCUGGCCCUGCCGCGGGGGUCCACCUGCCUGCCCCCCGCCCUCCUCCCCUACCUGGAGCAGUUCAAGCGCAUCACACUGUGGCUGGGUGAGGACCUGCGCUCCUGGGAAGCCGCCAAGCUCUUUGCCCGCAAGCUGAGCCUCAAGCGCUGCUCCCUGGUGCGCCCCGGCAACCUGCAGCCGCGGCCCUUGGAGGCUCUGAACCAGGGCCUGAACCUCACCAAGAUCCUGCGUGCCGCCCUGCCCGCCAGCCACAAAUCCAUCGUGUCCUUCCGGCAGCUGCGUGAGGAGGUGUUUGGGGAGCUGGCCAACAGCGAGCAGGUGGCUGGCGUCAAGUGGGUGCGCUUUCCCGAGCUCAACAAGCUCCUCAAAGGGCACCGCAGAGGGGAGCUCACUGUCUUCACAGGCCCGACGGGCAGCGGGAAGACAACCUUUAUCAGUGAGUAUGCACUGGACCUGUGCAUGCAGGGGGUGUGCACGCUGUGGGGCAGCUUUGAGAUCAGCAACAUCCGCCUGGCCAAAAUCAUGCUGACGCAGUUUGCCACCCAGCGCCUGGAUGACAAGCUGGAGCUGUAUGAUGAGUGGGCCGAUCGCUUUGAGGACCUCCCGCUCUACUUCAUGACUUUCCAUGGCCAACAGAACAUCAAGGCUGUGAUUGACACCAUGCAACACGCUGUCUACAUGUACGACAUCACCCAUGUGGUCGUCGACAACCUCCAGUUCAUGAUGGGACAUGAGCUCACUGUGGACAGGCUCACUGCACAGGACUACAUCGUUGGUGCCUUCCGCAAGUUUGCCACGGACAAUAACUGUCACAUCACACUGGUCAUCCAUCCCCGCAAGGAGGAUGAUGAGAAGGAGCUGCAGACAGCUUCCAUCUUUGGCUCUGCCAAGGCCAGUCAGGAGGCUGACAACGUCCUCAUCCUGCAGGACCGUAAGCUGGUGUCAGGGCCAGGGAAGCGCUACAUGCAGGUGUCCAAGAACCGCUUCGAUGGGGACGUGGGUGUCUUCCCCCUGGAGUUCAGCAAGACCUCGCUCACCUUCUCCAGCAAAAGCAAGGCCAAGGUGAAUAAGGUGAAGGAGGAGAAGGAGAAGGCGCCUUUAGCUGCAAAGGCUCCUUCAGCCAAGAAGGCUCCAGGGGGAAGCUCAGGAGCCUCUAAGAAGCCAUGAGCCCAUCAGGUCUUCCUCAGCCUGUCAGAAGGAAUGAGGACUGGUGCUAGGAGCGUGGGGCUGGGGUACACCAGCCCCCCUCCCAAGGGAGCAGCAGCCACACACUGCUGUGGCCCUUUCUCCUGCAAGAACAAGCCUGUUGGCCACCACCGUGGUGUCUGAGAUGUGGGGCCACCAAGAAGGGAAGGUUGGGCUCAUCCCAGAGAAGAGCAGCCAGGCAAGGGUGCAAUGGCAAAUGCUGGCUGUGCUGUACUGGUGCUGAGUGUUGGGAGCGUGGUGGGGAGUGGAGGCAGCACGGGCAGUGUGGAGGGGGGUCUCCAGACCUGGGACAGGUCGUUAAAUUGUGGGUAUAACGGAGCUGAAAUCAUGACUGUCACUGACUGGGGGGGACUGUGCAGGGGCCUGCA